AUGGAGAUGCAAAGGUGGUCCACAAGGUGGAAAACGAAAAGGUGGCUUAUGGAUUCCACUCUAACCGCAUUCAUCACUUUAACCCUGGUUCUACAUGCUGCCACUGUCACAGCAGCAGAGCCAGUGGAUGUGCUAAAAGUAUUAGAUUUUCAAAAUACCCCAGAAGGAGUGACGAAAACAUCAGGAUUUUGCACAAACCGAAGAGCAUCGGAGCCGGACACAGCUUACAGAGUUUCCAAGCAGGUCCAGAUCAGUGCCCCCACCACACAGCUAUUCCCUGGAGGUGUUUUCCCUGAGGACUUCUCUAUCCUGACCACACUGCGCCCCAAGUCCGGCCUCCAGUCCUUCCUGCUGUCCAUUUACAAUGAGCAGAGAGUCCAGCAGCUGGGUGUGGAAGUGGGACGCUCACCUGUCUUCCUGUAUGAGGAUCAGACUGGCAAACCAGCCCCGGAGGACUACCCUCUGUUCAGUGCUCUCAACCUUGCUGACGGAAAGUGGCACCGUGUGGCAAUCAGUGUGGAGAAGAAGACAGUCACCAUCAUUGUAGACUGUAAGAAGAUAAUCACCAAGCCUCUCCUCAGGAGUGACCAUGCUGCCAUCAGCACCAACGGCGUUACCACGUUCGGUACCAGAAUUCAAGAUGAGGAGGUUUUCCAGGGUGACAUCCAGCAACUUCUGAUUGUGGCUGAUCCCAAAGCAGCUUAUGACUACUGUGAACAUUACAGCCCAGACUGUGACACUCCCCACAGUGACUCCCUGCAGGCCCAGCAGCCAGAGGAAGAGUACACUACUGAUUUAGAUUACUCUCAGUUCUAUGAUUACUCUGAGGGAGCUACAGACACCAUUUCAACUGAUGAGUAUUCUGAACCACAGCUAAACAAUGUAGAAGGAGAUUACAAUACAGACAUUGACUACGGAACUGUAGAUGGUACUCAAACUCAUUCCCCCUUUGCCACGAAUGGACCCAUGGAGGCUGUGGAGGAGGAUGUCUUUGGUGAUUAUGUCACAGAGGCCACUGCCAUUGCUCCAGAACCCACCCUUGUCCCAGAAACGGACAACGUUGACAGUGGGGCAGACGCAUAUGACUUUAAGGAAUAUGACCUAAAGGAGUAUGACUUGGGCGAGGUUGACAACAGGUUGUAUGAUUACGGGGCAUAUGAUGAGUAUGGCACAGCCCAAUCCAAACCCACGGCGGCCAAGGAUGAUGAGGUGGGCCCUGGGGUUGCUGCUGAAACCGACGUUACUGAGAGCUCCGUUGCUGGUGUUGAAGGAGACCUUGGCCAGAAAGGAGAAAAGGGCGAGCCAGCCGUAAUUGAACCUGGCAUGCUGAUUGAAGGACCACCAGGACCCCAUGGCCCAGCUGGUCUUCCAGGUCCCUCAGGCCUACAAGGACCCCCAGGACCUUCUGGAGAUCCUGGUGACAGAGGUCCUCCUGGUCGUGCUGGUCUGCCUGGUGCUGAUGGUUUGCCAGGACCCCCUGGUACCAUGCUAAUGCUGCCAUUCCGUUUUGGUGGAGAUGGUGAAAAGGGUCCAGUGGUAUCGGCCCAAGAAGCCCAAGCUCAGGCCAUCCUCUCCCAGGCCAGACUGGCUAUGAGGGGACCCCCAGGGCCAAUGGGUUUGACAGGAAGAUCAGGGCCAGUGGGUCUACCGGGUGGUAAUGGGCACAAAGGUGAAGGUGGAGAUCCUGGUCCUCAGGGUCCCCGUGGAAUCCAAGGGCCUCCAGGACAAACUGGCAAAGCUGGCAAAAGGGGUCGUGCCGGAGCCGAUGGUUCCCGCGGGAUGCCCGGAGAGCCAGGCUCCAAGGGUGACCGAGGCUUUGAUGGACUCCCUGGAUUGCCUGGUGAAAAGGGACACAGGGGCGAGCUAGGGCCAAUGGGACCCAUAGGUGCCCCUGGAGAGGAUGGACAGAGAGGCGAGGAUGGAGAGAUCGGGCCCAGAGGACUUGCUGGCGAGAGUGGUCCUAGAGGUUUGCUGGGACCUCGUGGUUCUCCAGGACCCCCUGGAUCACCUGGUGUGGCUGGAGUUGAUGGGCCUCCUGGUCCCAAAGGAAACAUGGGACCACAAGGAGAGCCAGGCCCACCCGGUCAGCAGGGAAUCCCUGGAACACAGGGUCUCCCUGGUCCUCAAGGCCCCAUUGGACCACCUGGUGAAAAAGGACCUCAGGGCAGGUCGGGAUUGUCUGGAUUACCUGGAGCUGACGGGCCACCUGGUCAUCCCGGAAAGGAGGGUCCACCUGGAGAGAAAGGAGGACAGGGUCCAUCAGGUCCACAGGGCCCUAUCGGUUAUCCUGGCCCUCGUGGUGUCAAGGGUGCUGAUGGAGUCCGUGGUCUCAAGGGUGGAAAGGGAGAGAAGGGCGAGGAUGGUUUCCCAGGUUUCAAGGGAGAUAUGGGAAUCAAAGGAGACCGGGGUGAGCUUGGCAUGCUUGGGCCCCGUGGAGAGGAUGGUCCUGAGGGUCCUAAAGGCCGAUCUGGUCCCGGUGGAGAAUCAGGUCCCCUUGGUCCCGCUGGGGAAAAGGGUAAACUGGGCGUCCCAGGAUUGCCAGGCUAUCCAGGAAGACAAGGACCCAAGGGCUCGAGUGGUUUCCCUGGGUUCCCUGGAGCAAACGGCGAGAAAGGAGCCAGGGGUGUUGCAGGCAAACCUGGCCCGAGAGGGCAAAGAGGUCCAACGGGUCCCCGUGGAGGUCGAGGAGCCAGAGGUCCAACAGGAAAACCAGGUCCCAAGGGCACAGCAGGCAAUGACGGUCCUCCGGGCGGGCCUGGUGAGAGAGGACCUCAAGGACCUCAGGGACCAGUGGGUUUCCCUGGACCAAAGGGCCCACCUGGACCAUCUGGAAAGGAUGGGCUGCCUGGACACCCUGGCCAGCGUGGAGAGACAGGUUUCCAAGGAAAAACUGGUCCACCAGGUCCAGGAGGUGUUGUUGGGCCCCAGGGACCCACUGGAGAAACCGGUCCUGUUGGUGAGCGAGGUCACCCUGGACCCCCUGGUCCUCCCGGAGAGCAGGGUCUUCCAGGUGCUGCUGGCAAGGAGGGAGCAAAGGGAGACCCUGGACCACAAGGGUCCACCGGUAAAGACGGUCCCCCUGGCCUUCGAGGCUUCCCUGGAGAGAGAGGUCUACCUGGCGCUACGGGUCCAGCAGGUCUGAAGGGAGGAGAGGGACCCCAAGGUCCACCUGGUCCUGUUGGUUCUCCUGGUGAAAGAGGUUCUGCUGGUCCAGCUGGUCCAAUUGGCCUGUCUGGUAGACCUGGCCCUCAGGGUCCCCCAGGGCCCGCUGGAGAGAAGGGAGCACCUGGUGAGAAAGGUCCUCAAGGCCCAGCUGGUCGUGACGGUGUCCAGGGUCCUGUUGGUCUGCCCGGGCCUGCUGGACCCCAGGGUCCACCUGGAGAAGAUGGUGACAAGGGUGAGGUUGGAGAGCCUGGCCAGAAGGGAAGCAAAGCCGACAAGGGAGAGCAGGGUCCUCCUGGACCAGCUGGUCUCCAAGGUCCCAUUGGUGCCCCAGGUCCUGCUGGAGCUGAUGGAGAGCCUGGGCCCAGAGGACAGCAGGGUAUGUUUGGACAGAAGGGAGAUGAAGGAUCCAGAGGUUUCCCCGGACCCCCUGGUCCCAUCGGUCUGCAGGGGCUUCCUGGACCUCCUGGUGAGAAGGGAGAGAAUGGUGAUGUUGGCCCCAUGGGCCCUCCCGGUCCCCCUGGUCCCAGAGGUCCUCAGGGUCCUAGUGGAGCUGAUGGUCCCCAAGGUCCUCCAGGUGGAGUGGGCCCCUUGGGAUCUGUGGGAGAGAAGGGUGAACAAGGUGAAGCAGGAAACCCAGGAACACCUGGAGAGCCUGGAACUGGGGGACCUAAAGGCGAGAGAGGAGAAAAAGGAGAAGCUGGCCCCCCUGGAGCUGCUGGACCUGCUGGUGCCAAAGGACCCCCUGGAGAUGAUGGUCCAAAGGGCAACCCUGGUCCCGUUGGAUUCCCUGGAGACCCUGGUCCUCCUGGAGAGCCAGGUGUUGCUGGCACGGAUGGAGAAGCAGGAGAGAAGGGAGAGGAUGGAGAGGGCGGUCAGCCGGGACCACCAGGUCCAUCAGGAGAAGCUGGUCCACCUGGCCCACCUGGCAAGAGAGGACCCCCGGGCGCUGGUGGUGCAGAGGGCAGGCAAGGAGAGAAAGGCUCUAAGGGUGAGGCCGGUGCCGAGGGUCCAGCAGGUAAAACAGGACCAGUUGGGCCCCAGGGACCUUCGGGAAAACCUGGUCCAGAGGGUCUUCGUGGAAUCCCCGGCCCUGUCGGUGAACAAGGACUGCCCGGCUCCCCAGGACAAGAUGGUCCACCUGGUCCUAUGGGUCCUCCUGGUCUUCCUGGUCUGAAAGGUGACCCCGGCUCUAAGGGUGAAAAGGGUCACCCAGGUUUGAUUGGUCUGAUUGGACCCCCCGGAGAACAAGGAGAGAAGGGAGACCGAGGUCUGCCUGGGCCCCAAGGUUCUCCCGGUGGCAAGGGCGAUGGUGGUAUCAAUGGAGCUUCCGGUCCUCUCGGUCCUCCAGGUCCCCCUGGUCUGCCUGGUCCUCAAGGUCCCAAGGGAUCCAAGGGUUCAUCUGGUCCUGCAGGUGCCAAAGGAGACACUGGUUCAGUUGGUCCUCCUGGUCCUCCUGGCUCACCAGGUGAGGUUAUCCAGCCUCUUCCCAUCCGCUCACCCAAGAAGACCAAGCGCUCCAGUGACAUGCAGUCAGACGCAGUCGGUAACCUCAUGGACUACGGCGAGGGCAUGGAGGACAUCUUCGGCUCACUCAACAACCUCAAACAGGACAUUGAACGUAUGAAAUACCCCAUGGGCACACAAAACAACCCUGCCAGAACAUGCAAAGACCUGCAGCUCUGCCACCCAGAGUUCCCUGAUGGCGAAUACUGGAUUGAUCCAAACCAAGGCUGCUCGGGGGAUUCCUUCAAAGUCUACUGUAACUUCACUGCCGGGGGCGAAACCUGCAUCUACCCAGAUAAGAAGUCCAAUGGAGUUAGAAUAUCUUCAUGGCCCAAAGAAGUCCCUGGUUCAUGGUUCAGUGAAUUUAAGCGUGGUAAAAUAUUUUCCUAUGUUGACGCAGAUGGAAACUCAAUAAACAUGGUACAGAUGACCUUCCUCAGACUACUGACAGCCUCAGCCAGGCAAAACUUCACCUACAGCUGCCACCAGUCCGUGGCGUGGCACGACGCCACCAGUGACAGCUACGACAAGGCAGUGCGCUUCCUGGGUGCCAACGAUGAGGAAAUGUCCUACGACAAUAACCCCUACAUCAAGACCGUCUCAGACGGAUGUGCGAUGAGGAAGGGCUAUGGAAAGACUGUGAUGGAGAUUAAUACUCCCAAAAUCGAUCAGGUUCCAAUCAUGGAUGUCAUGUUGACUGACUUUGGGGACCCUAACCAGAAAUUUGGGUUUGAAGUUGGGCCCGUCUGCUUCCUUGGCUAA